UUUCUGUUUUCACUGUGCCUUCUUCUUCAUUGCGCCUUUGCGUCUUGUCGCUCUUCGACAACCACUUCGCUUGCGUUCACCAUGCUUUCUUCUUGUUCGCUUCUCAGCGACCGUGUCUGUCGAGUGGCUUCAUCACUCGGUUCCACAUGUCUUUUUUUUUUUUCCACAUCCUCUUCCUUCCACAUUCCGUUUUCCUCUCUCUCUCCGUCUCUCUCUUUCCCACUCUCUCAACGUUCUUCUUUCGUCUUCUUCUUCUUCUUCUGUGGGUUUUGCUGCAGUGACUGUUCGAUUGAGCAAUAUUGCUCAACUUGUUGCGCUGUUGCCACAUGUCUCUCUAUUUCCUUUUUUUUCCUUGUUGUUUUUUCCUUCUUCUUUUCUUUCAACGCACUUUUCCAAAUUGCAUCAUCCAUCAUCUCACAACACAAAGCUUUGUUUUUAAAAUCGCUGAACUCGACUUGCAAAAACUCACUCUUCAUUUUUUUUUUUGUCAUUCUUUUCUGUUCCUUUUUC